CGAAAUGGAACCCACAACCCUUUAGUCUGCAGGCCGAUGCUCUAACCACUGAGCAGAACCGGCCAGGGCUUCCUGAAUGUUUUUAACUUAGUUGAGACAGUAUUCGGUGUCCCACUUUUCUUUCUUUUUUAAAAAACAUUUUGUAACAUUUUCUCAAGCUGAUAAAUUUUGUAACAUUUUCUCAUGCUGAUAAACUUUGUAAUUUUCUCACGCUGAUAAAGAUGACAAAAACCUUUGCAAUGCUGCUUAACAUCUUCCAUGGCUGUACUGUAACUUGCAUAAGUCUCCACAGAAGUCUCCUGGCGUUGCCCAUUUAGCCCCCAGGACGUGCCGAAGUGAACAUCCCGUACUGAAAAUGUUUUAGUGCUUACGCACUGGGUGUCCUUGGGAGAGAAUUCCUGCCUGGGGGCGUGAAGCUUCCAAGGAAAGAAAGCUCUGUUACAGUUGUUUUCCUUUGUUAACUGAUCUGGAGAAAAGAAUCAUAAUGUGUGAAUGACCGGAAUGCCCUUUCCUGAUGUGUGGGAGCACCCUUCACCUGCCCCAGAUGCUGGACGAGAACCACCACCUGAUACAGUGCAUACUGGACCAUCAGAGCAAGGGCAAGACGGCCGAGUGUGCCCAGUAUCAGCAGAUCCUGCACCGGAACCUCGUCUACCUGGCCACGAUCGCAGACUCCAACCAGAACAUGCAGUCCCUGCUCCCUGCCCCACCCAGCCAGAACAUGAACCUGGGCCCCGGAGCGCUGUCCCAGAGCAGUGCCAGUCAGGGCCUGCACUCCCAGGGCAGCCUCAGCGACGCCAUCAGCACUGGCCUGCCCCCGACUUCCCUCAUGCAGGGCCAGAUCGGCAAUGGUCCGAACCACGUGUCCAUGCAGCAGACGGCACAGAGCACGCUGCCCACGACCUCCAUGAGCAUGUCCGGCAGUGGCCACGGUUCAGGGCCUGGCUACAGCCACUCUGGACCUGCCUCACAGAGUGUGCCCCUGCAGGGCCAAGGUGCCAUCAGCAACUACGUGUCACGGGCCAACAUCAACAUGCAGUCCAACCCAGUGUCCAUGAUGCAUCAGCAGGCUGCCUCGUCCCACUACAACUCGGCGCAGGGCGGGAGCCAGCACUACCAGGGCCAGCCGUCCAUCCCCAUGAUGGGCCAGAGUGCGCAGGGGAGCGGCAUGAUGGGGCAGCGGCCCAUGGCGCCCUACCGGCCCUCCCAGCAAGGCUCGUCCCAGCAGUACCUGGGCCAGGAGGAAUACUACGGGGGCGAGCAGUACGGCCACGGCCAGGCCGCGUCAGAGCCGCUCAGCCAGCAGUACUACGCCGACGGGCAUGGUGACUACGCCUAUCAGCAGUCGUCCUACUCGGAGCAGAGCUACGACCGGUCCUUUGAGGAGCCCACGCAGCAUUACUAUGAGGGUGGGAACUCGCAGUAUAGCCAGCAGCAGGCAGGGUACCAGCAGGGUGCGGCCCAGCAGCAGACGGGGUACCAACAGCAGUACCCCAACCAGCAGAGCUACCCAGGCCAGCAGCCAGGCUACGGGCCAGCCCAGGGAGCCCCCUCGCAGUACUCCAGCUACCAGCAAGGACAAGGCCAACAGUAUGGGAGCUACAGGGCGUCGCAGACCGGCCCGUCCGCACAGCAGCAGCGGCCCUAUGGCUACGAGCAGGGCCAAUAUGGAAAUUACCAGCAGUAAAGGACAGUGUUCCUGGUGGAGCUUUGCAGUGGUGCAUCCUUCCAUGGUGGACGGGCCUGUGGCGGUUCUGAUGAACUAUGGCCUGUCGGUUGCCCCUUCGCCCCACACGUGUCUCGUGAAGUGUGCACAUUUCAUUCUGGGUAUGAUGCCAAGUGUGCACCGGGGCCGUGGGACCUCGUUCUGACGGUGUGGCGUGCCUGGUGCUCUGUAUAGUAUCAUGUCCGUACAGUGAAUGGAAAUGCCAGCCCUUUUUUGUUCCCCUCAAUGUUUCUAGUUAGCUUUAGGGGUCCUCUUGCCAUCAGAGUAUUCUGUGCCCAGCAAUGGGACAUCUACAAGAUGCCAUAGUUGGUGUAUCCAUAUAAACAGACCUUAGGUCCAGCUCUCCUCGCGCAGUGGUAUUAUGGAUUGUAAACCUGUGUCACUGGCGACCCCGCAGCUGGACCUGCUUGCACAACCCUGGAUGCAGCCCCUUCCUGUGCCUCAGUGGGGUGGGGCUUCGUCUGUAUUUUGGGUCUGUUUCUGUUAAAGCAUAAAUGUUUCAUGUGGAGAAGCUGCAAACUGUCCCUGCCCCAUGGUUUCCAGAGCUUGCUCAUGGCCUGUGUCUCUAGCCAAUUCCCUUUAUCCAAAAAGUUACAUGUUCUUGUUUUAAAAAGUAAAGAGGGAUCGUGACUAUGUUGCAAAUAUGACCCAGGGAGGUGCAGUACCUGCAGGCGGAGAGGAGGUUCCCUGACAUUGGUCUCCAGCCCUUGUUUCUAUCUGAUAGUCAUUUUGGGGAUUUGAAUAUUUACUAUUCCCCAUUCUAAAUUUAUAGCUAAAAAUAGUGAUCCCAAAUUUUCCACACAGUUGGCCAGUUGUUCAUUUUGUUAUUUCUUCCAGGACCUGCUUGUUUAGAUCUCCAAGCAAGCAUUCCUUUUCUUUUAGGAAUAUCUGAAACUCACAUCUCGUUUUUUAAAAGAACCCCAGUGAGUUUACUGUGUUCUUCUGAGUGAAAAGGAAGGUUCUGUGUAGGAAGCUUGGGUGAUUUUUACAUUCCCAGGACGUUAAAUCCCAUUUAAAUUCUGUGCACACAUUAAAGACAGCUCACUUGGAAAAGUCUGGUCAGAGGGAAAAUCCUACAUUUCACUAAGACUGAUGUUUUAUCAGUCUUUACUUGGAUAAUAAUAUCCACUUUAACUGUGAAUCCUUUAAAAACAUCUUUGGAUAAAUGCUGACAUAUUUCCAAGAACAACCAAAAAUAAAUACAAAAAACAUCCA